GUUCGCUGUCACAGCUGGCGAUGACCUCAUCAAAGAACUGCAGCGUGUCCUCCUCUGUGGGGACCGGAGGCGUGGAUGGUUUGGGUCUUAAUAUCUGUGGUUGACAGAAGAGGAAUAAUUGGCUCUUUCUUUCAGUACGCAGCGAUGCUGUGUGAAGGGAGACUGCUGAGCAUGACCUACGGUGAGACGGAGGAGAUGGACUCGCUGCCUCCUCCUCAGACUUUCCGUUGCGCUGGUGGGCGACCCAGAGCCUCCCUAACACCCAGCACCUCCGACCCCGCUCCGCUCGUCUCCUACAGCUCCUGGAGGGAAACGGGAGAGACAGUCGACCUGUACAUCUCUCCGCUUUCGACCUCGUCACAUCUCCAGGGAGUCUAUACGGGGAGGCAAAUAUCUGCAGACAUGGAAAUUCCCGCACAGCCUCAUUGUGACGGGGGUGACGCCGCCCUCUUGGUUCCCUCCUUCUGCCAGACCAUCUAUGAAAACUACAGCGACCUCCAUAUUGGAGGGGAGCAGGUGCUGCCUCUGUCAGCCAACGACGGCGAUUUGAGGGCGUGUGCCGACGCGCAGGCCGUGAGGCCGUUCCUGCAGUCCUGCGAUGUCCCGCUGGCGGUGGACGACUCCCCUCCAGGACAGCGAGGUCUGCAGAACCUGCUCCGGAGGGGAUCCAACCACUGGAGGCAGGCGAGCGGCCGCGAUCGCAGCUUCUUGUUCCAGGGUCGCGAGGGCCCCUUCUCCAAUUCCCUGCUGAAUCAUUACCUGGAGCAGAAGCUCUUGGAUCUGUACCAGCAGUACAUGAUGGAGAACAUGGCGAGGGAGGGAGUUCCGGGUCCAGAUGGCAGUGCCAUUUGCCCGCUGCUGGGUUCGGAGCUUGUUCUGACCAGCCUUGACCAGAUCACCCAACAGCUCAGCCGGGAGGGCAACCUGGAGGCCGGCCUGGCCAAGGACAUGGUUCUGAGCUGCUUGCUGCGGGUGGCCAGCGACCUGCAGUCGGGUGAGAUCAGCACGCCCUUCCUGCAGAUUUCAACCGAGGCCUCCGGGGAGCAGCUCACAGAGAGUACGCAAGAAUAACCACAAAGCUGAAAAGCUCACUUUCAGUUCUCCUUUACAACUAAGCUCGCUUAUUGCUGUUCUGGAGAGUGAAAACCUAGAAUUGGUGUAGAUAAGCAACUUUCCACGUGUUUGUCUUUCUGUCAAUAAACAGGAAAUGAAAAUUGAAACUGGAGUUUCCCCUUUUUUUUUUUCCUUUAGAAAACAAUCAGACUGAUCAACACAGCUUAUAGCACCCCACCUUCAAUUAAAGCUGCAACUGUUCAAACUGUAAAACACAGCAUGGUGAGAUGAAGUGAAGCUAAUGAGCCUCCACCCUGUGCCCAACUAAUUAUUUAAAGCCAUGUAUUCAGUUUUAUGAUCACUAAAUAGUAAGUGUUGCACAGCCUCGCUUCAACUGGCCUUCACUCUUUGAAACAAUGAGCGGCAUUGAAAAAAAAAACAAAAAAAAAAACAGUGCAUUAUUUACAUUUU